GACACUGACAUCCAGAAGAAGAUUGACCAUGAGCUCCGGAUGCGCGAAGGUGCCUGCAAGCUUCUGGCAGCCUGCACACAGCGGGAGCAGGCUCUGGAGGCAACCAAGAGCCUUCUGGUCUGCAACAGCCGCAUCAUGGCCUACAUGUCCGAGCUGCAGCGCAUGAAGGAGGCGCAGGUGGUGCAGAGGACGGCCCGGCGCCCCUCGGACGCUGGCCCCAUGGACGAUCGCUUACCCUGCAGGGGGAAGGUCUGCGUGUCAGGUAAGUGGGUGGGCUGUGCCCACGGCUGGGGGGCGGGGGCGGCAGGUCUGCAAGGAGGAGAGACCAAACUUCCUCAUAGAGUGAUUAGUGCCAGAGCUGGGGAGGUGCCGACUCCCGGAGCUUCGCUGGGGGCCCCGACCUGGGACAUCUGCUGGGGACCACUAGGCCUGUGGGACUGUGCAGCUCGAGGCUGCGGCUGAGCCCGGCGGUGAGGGCGUCCGGGUCCAAUCUCGCCAUGGCCUGGCGCCCGCGCUCUGCCCGCCCCGGCCCUGCAGACGGGCGCCCGC